AUGUUCCGUCUCAUUGCUGUCGAAGCGAUCAAGGAUUCAGACCUGAGUUCUCGCACAAGCCCAGCGCGACGGGAUCCCCUUGAGCCCCCUUUCCAACCUAGCCCCGGCAAACGUAGCAUCGUGCCCUCACCCAAGCUGCCCAACGCCUGCGGUAUGAGCAAAUUGGAGUCGCCUGCACGUCUCCUUGGAGCGAAAGAGCCCACUCCGGGGCAUAAUACCUUGCCCGCAGACUCUCAGGAUUACCUGACAGAGUGUGCCAUGCGUGGCUUUGUUCACGAGCGCCUCACAGAAAUACUCCCUAGCUGUGUAGACGCGGGAUAUUGUCCCGAACGCCAUCGGCGUGAGUUUGUUCAGGAGUGGAAUAUCCUGCCUGCGGAUGCCCGCGAACGGUAUAAAACCGAGCCCUCUUGUUUAUUCGGGCCCACAGUGCACCCACUUCUCAAUUGCUGGCCGAACUGCGACGAGAACUACGACACACAUUUUCUACAACUGCUUCCUCCUCUAUCUACUCCCAAUCAAGAUUCUUCGACCACAAGUCCGUUGCCCCAAAUCGCUAGAGUCAAAGCCAGUGCGACAACAGAACGUCCCGAGCUCAAAGUCCUGCAGCAGCUCUCCUUACAGAACCUCUUUGCUGAAAGCACUCCCGAGCUUCUUGAGGCUGCCUGGCUCCAGGCUAUAGGGAAAGUCCAAAGCCAGGCUGCGCCGCCCAAGACGAUUGUCGGUGUUGUCGGUAACACGGGGGCUGGAAAGUCAUCCAUCAUCAAUGCCGUGCUCGAUGAGGAGAGAUUGGUGCAGACAAAUUGUAUGCGCGCGUGCACGGCGGUGUUCAUCACACGGGAAGGUUGGGAGAAGGAACUCAGGGUUCUUUUUCAUGAUCUGUUCGAUGGCAUUGGCAACGUCUCUCGCGAAGCAUCGAAUGAGAAAAGCGAAGCGGGCGUCGCAUACGCCAAAAUGAAGGCUGUAUACCCUAAAUUUACGAGAGAGAUGUUGCAGAAUAGCUCAGUCGAGCAGUUGAUGUGGCAUCGCAAUGUUCAAAAUGUACUGGGCAGCACGCGAGAGAUUGCCGAGUCCGAUUCUCUUCGCUUCUACAAGAAGCCCCAGUUCUUCGUCGAUCGCAAGGAGAAGACGACGGGCGAGAAAGAUAAAGACAAGAAGCCUGGCAGAGAUUUGGAAUUGACGGCCUUUGAUCAAGGUUUCGAUGACAAAGCCGCCAAGUCGCUGCUUGGUGACACCUUCAAGCGACAGCUGAAGAUGGAUGGUGGCUUCAAUACCGUAACCUUCAUUUGCAACAAGACCGAUGACACCAGCCUCAUCGAGUGUCAGGAGUCAUUAGGACUCGAGGAGGAGAUGGGCGCACACUGGGCCAAAUCUGAUGAACUGGCCAAGAAAAGGCGAGUACUCAAGCAGCGACUGGAGGAAUUGAAAGAAUCCAAAGCCGUGUAUAUAGCUUCUGCCGAUGAGACUGUUUUUGCUCCCCGCGAGAAUUCGAACUCCAAGAAACGAAAACGAAGCUCGAGCAACGAGAAAUCUGGAAGGCAAAAGAAGGCUCGAACUCCAAACAGCGACGCUGAAAGCGACUAUGUCGAUAGUGACCGAGACUGCAACGAUUCCGACGACGAGGCUGAUGACGGGGAAGAUCGGCCUGAAGAGUCUCGUGUUCCCUUGAUUUAA